CAUGUCAGGGAUAAACAAGUGCUAAACAUGAAGAUUGUGACUUGGAAUAUAAACGGUAUCAGGACUUUUAAACAUGGGAUUAAGAAGACGCUGGACUCGUUUAAUGCUGAUAUAAUUUGCGUCCAGGAAACCAAGGUUACCCGAGACCUGCUAGAUGAAAGGACUGCCAUUGUGGAUGGAUAUAACUCCUACUUUAGCUUCAGUCGAGGACGCACGGGCUACUCAGGGGUUGCAACUUUUUGUAAAGAGUCUGCUACCCCAUUCGCUGCUGAAGAAGGAUUGUCCGGUCGCCUGGGUAAUCAUGGAGAGGCUGUUGGUUUCUAUGGUGACCAGGGGGAAUUUACCAGUGAGGAACUGCAGGCGCUGGACAGUGAAGGAAGAGCUGUUAUCACUCAACACAAGAUCACCAGAGCAGAAAAGUCAGAGACGCUGACUGUCAUUAAUGUGUACUGCCCACGUGCUGAUCCAGAGAAGCCUGAAAGAAAACACUUCAAGCUUCAGUUCUACAAACUCCUCCAGAGUAGAGCUGAGGCGAUUUUGGGGUCUCAAAGUCAUGUCAUUAUUUUGGGGGAUAUCAACACCUCUCAUAGGCCCAUAGACCACUGUGACCCAGACGAUGUGGACAACUUUGAGGACAAUCCAGGUCGAAAAUGGUUAGACGGCCUCCUGUAUGAAUCGCCUGAAGUACGGGAUUCUGAAGAAUCCCUAAACUGUGUGUCUGGUGGUCAAUUUGUUGACAUCUUUCGCCAAUUCCAUCCAAUACGUACCAACGCCUUCACAUGCUGGUCUUCCCGUACAGGUGCCAGGCAGACCAACUAUGGCACGCGCAUCGACUACAUCUUUGGCAAUCGCUCGCUAGCAGAGAAAAGCUUUCUCAAUGCAGAUAUCAUGCCAGAGGUAGAAGGUUCUGAUCACUGCCCCAUGUGGGCACAACUAAGCUGUUCCCUUAAACCCAGUCCUAAGUGCCCAUCUCUGUGUACCCGUUACAUGCCAGAGUUCACUGGAAAGCAGCAGAAACUCCUGCGCUUCCUUGUCAAAGUUCCUGAGCAGAAAUGCAUUUCCAGUGACACUGAAAAACCUUUGCCUGGUUCCCAAGAGAAUGGGAAAAUUCGUGAGAACCUCAGGCCUCCACCAUCAGGUGUCAGUUCUGGAAAGAGACCUGCUAAUGGGAUUCCCGAGUCAUCCAACUUUAAGGGGAAAAAAAGUAAACAUGAUAAAAAAACAGCACCUAAACCUCAGGGCAGCCUUCUAAACUUCUUCAAACCUAAACUGAGUCAUGUGGCGUCCUCAAGUCAGGGCUCAACUGAGUUCACUGAGAAUGGUUUGGAGAGUAAAGAUUCCAUGUCAGAGUUUCACAAAGUUGCACAAAAUACUUUCACUGACUGCACCUCUACCCCUACCAUCCUUACAGAGAGUUACACUGAGGUUAAAAGUGAAACAAAUAACUUAAAUAUUAAGAAUGAAAUAAAGAUGGGUCAGGAUCAGACCCCAAGCAAUGCCACCCCACAUCAACAGACUACCAAAGGAUCUUGUCCUGAUUUCUGGAAGUCAGUUUUGCAUGGUCCACCCCAACCACCACUAUGUAAGGGACACAAUGAGCCUUGUGUGCUGCGGACUGUGAAGAAAGCCGGGCCUAAUAUGGGUCGACAGUUCUUUGUAUGUUCCCGGCCUGAGGGCCAUGCGUCAAAUCCAGAUGCAAGGUGCAAUUUCUUUGUCUGGGUUGAUAAACGCAAGUAAACGCCCAUGGAAUUAAUUGUAAAAAAGCCUGUACAAGGGAUGUAUAUAGUAUGUCAAAUUAAUAUUUUUAACUAUGUUUUAUCUGUAGAAAUAAAUUAUAUUUGCAAUUUA